GGAUGAAGGAGGUGAGGAUGCUGUUGGCCUGGGUGCGAACAAUCCUCGUCAGCAACAUGCUCCUGGCAGAAGCCUAUGGAUCUGGAGGCUGCUUCUGGGAUAACGGCCACCUGUACCGGGCGGAUCAGCCCUCCCCCGCGCCGGGCCACCGCUGCCUCAACUGGCUGGACGCGCAGAGCGGCCUGGCAUUUGCCCCAGAGUCGGGCGCCGGCAACCACAGCUACUGCCGGAACCCGGACCAGGACCCGCGCGGGCCCUGGUGCUACGUCAGCGGCGAGGCUGGAGCUCCCGAGAAGCGACCUUGCGAGGACCUGCGCUGCCCAGAUACCACUUCCCAGGGCCUGCCAACCUCCACGACAGAAACUGAGGAGGCUGCUGAAGUGCCAGGAGGAGAUGAGGUGUUUGCUCCUGCCAACGCCCUGCCCGCCCGGAGCGAGGCUGCAGCUGUGCAGCCAGUGAUUGGGAUCAGUCAACGGGUGCGGGUGAACUCCAAGGAGAAGAAGGACCUGGGAACCCUGGGCUACGUGCUGGGCAUCACCAUGAUGGUGAUCAUCAUCAUCAUUGGAGCUGGAAUCGUCCUUGGCUACACCUACAAGAGGGGCAAGGACCUGAAAGCCCAGCACGAGCAGAAAGCGUGCGAGCGGGAGCUGCAGCGGGCUACCCUGCCCUUGUCUGCCUUCACCAACCCCACCUGCGAGAUCAUGGAUGAAAAGGCCAUCGUGGUCCACGCCAGCCAGACUCCAGUCGACCUUCAGGAGGGCAGUGCCCCCCUCAUGGGCCAGGCAGGCACUCCAGGCGCCUGAGCCCCCCCACGAUGGGCAGGAGCCCAUUGCAGAGACUGGUGCGGGACCACCUACCCCCGCCCCUACAGCUGGGAGGAGCUACACUUUCUAUUGUGGUUGAAACCCCCCCUUUUUCUGUUUGAACCCGAAGACAGGAACAGGUGGCACUGUGGGCUGAGAACGAGGCUGGGUAGUGUCCUGCAAGGCUCGCUCUCCAUACCGUGGAGCAGGGUUUUUCCCACGGAUGGGGACAGCAGCAGCCCCCACAGCAGCGCUGUGACAGGGGCUUCCUGUGCCCCGGAACCAAACC